AUGGGGUUCGAAAAAUUCAACCCGUUCAAGAAGGAUCGCCAGAAUUUCCCAGGCGUCGUGAUCCCUCUAUCCGAAGCCCCGGCUUACCCAAACCGAGCCCAGCCCGUCGAGAAAAAGGAAGAUCCCAAUGCCAGCCCGGAUGCUAACAAAUCCUUGGAGCGUGCCUCUUCAUCGGAGAAUGGAUCAGCCGGUUCCCUGCACGAGACGUCCCAUCUAACGAUAGAAAUGCUGCGGGCUGAAAUUGAAAACGAAUCGUCCACAUCUUCUCUUGACUCUAUUUAUGACCGGAAAGCUAAGGUGAUCAACCGUGCGAUGCAGGACAUUGGCAUGGGAAAAUACCAGAAAAAGCUGUUUUUCUUGUGCGGAUUUGGCUGGCUAGCCGACAACCUUUGGCUUCAGGGUAUUGCCCUUACUUUGACACCAAUUUCUUACGAGUUUAACAUCGAUUCGUCAUGGGUGCGCUUCAGCACCUGUGCCCUAUUCCUGGGUCUGUGUAUCGGUGCUUCAUUCUGGGGUGUUAUUUCUGAUAUUGUCGGCCGUCGUCUGGCUUUCAACACAACCCUUUUCCUUGCCGGUGUAUUCGGUCUCGCAGCAGGUGGUGGGCCUACGUGGAUCGGCACCUCUGCUCUGUACGCCUGUCUCGGUCUCGGUGUCGGUGGAAACCUGCCGGUUGAUGGCGCUCUCUUCUUGGAAUUUUUACCUUGUGCUUCUGGCAACCUGUUGACAAUGCUAAGUGUCUGGUGGCCUAUUGGACAGCUCAUCUCCAGUUUGCUCGCUUGGGCCUUCAUCCCACCCUACAGUUGCUCUAGCGCAGUUGGCUGUACCAAGGAAAACAAUAUGGGCUGGCGCUACCUGAUUUUGACCCUUGGCGCAAUCACCAUGUGCAUGUGGAUUGCUCGUUUCUUCUUUUUCCACCUAUACGAGUCACCCAAGUUCCUACUUUCUCGCGGUCGCCAAGACGAAGCUGUAGCCUCCGUCCAUGGCAUUGCUUAUGAGAACAACACCAAGACCUGGUUAACAACUGAGAUUCUUAACGAAAUCGGUGGCAUUGCUGAAACCAAGGAAGCCGAAAAGCUUGCCGUAGGCGACAUUGUCAAGCGUUUCUUCUCCAAGUUUUCUAUGGAGCGCAUUGCACCUCUAUUCUCCAGCAAGCGUCUGGGUAUCACCACCGCUCUCCUCUGGUUCUGCUGGACCACCAUCGGAAUGGGAUACCCUCUUUUCAACGCUUUCCUGCCACAAUACCUCUCUCAGGUUGGUGGUCAAACAAAUUCCGAAUACAUCACCUACCGUAACUACGCCAUCACUUCAGUUGUGGGAUGUCCUGGCUCCAUUCUUGCCUGCUACACAGUUGAGAUGAAGUACAUUGGUCGUAAGGGAACUAUGGCCAUUUCAACCCUCAUCACUGGAAUUUUGCUGUUCUGCUUCACUGCCGCAAAGACCUCGGAUGUUCAACUCGUUUGCACUUGUCUCGAGGCUUUCUUCCAGAAUAUUAUGUACGGUGUUCUCUACGCUUACACUCCUGAGGUGUUCCCCGCUCCCAACCGCGGAACCGGAUCUGGCAUUUCAAGUUGUUUGAACCGUAUUGCCGGUCUUUGUGCUCCAUUGGUUGCUAUUUUCGCCAGUACAUCUGACGCGAAUGCUCCGAUCUAUGCUUCGGGUGCUCUGAUGCUCGCUGGUUUUGUGGCUAUGGCUUGCUUCCCCAUUGAAACACGUGGCAAGCAAACUCUAUAG